UGUUGGCUCCCGGCGGGUCCGGCAGGCCCGCUGGACCCGCCCAGCGCUCCAUGAUCUGCCCAACCCCGCGCGAUGGUGACAGCGCAGAGGUUGAUGCUGGACUAACCCACAGAUCACAGAAUGAAGGCGGGGAGCGCGGCCGGCGGGCAGCAGGGGCUGUCUCCCCGACUCCCAGCCCAGAGAGGCGGUUCAACUACCUGAACCCGGAAAACGCCAACAAGUAGCUUGUCGAGAAAGGAGAAGGGAGACUCAGCUGGCCGCCAAGACUCGGUCCAGCUGCCCGGAGAACCUGGUCCCUUCGGAAACUAAAGCAGAGCCUUUUCUCUUGGUCUUAAGUCAUGUCUGAGCCACAGAGAUAGACGGGCAAGAUCGAGAAGGAGGAGAAGGUGAUCCUCAAUGUCGGGGGCACCCGACACGAAACCUACCGCAGCACCCUCAAGACUGCCAGGAACGCGCCCGGCUCUUCUCGCCGCCUCGGAGCCCCAGGGCGCCUGCCUGACCGCGGCGGGUGACAGCUGCAGCCCUGGCCCCCUCCACUCCUUCACCACCGUGAUCUCCACCGCCUCCUUUGUCCCGGGUCCCGGUGGCUGCUCGGAGGGCGGCGCGAGCAACUGCAGUUCCCAUGACCACCCUGCAGGCGGCAGUUCUUAUUUGACCGGCCUCCAGGACUCUGCCUGUGUGCUCAAUUACCAAUGCGCCAGCAAGCUCCUGUGCCCCACUGACGUGGGCCGGCCACUGGUCCAGGAGGAGCUGCCCUGCUGCUGGAUGGCCCACUUGCAGCAUCCCAACGCACAAGAGGCUCUGGACGUCUUCACGACCCCCAACCUGAUCGGUGGCGACCCUGGCGAUGACGAGGACCUGGCGGGCAAGAGGCUGUGAAUAGAGGACAAGGGAGGGCUUGGGGCACUGGCCGGCAAGACUGGCCUCUGGGAUAGACUGCAGCUCCGCUUGUGAGCCCUCUUUGAGGACCUCUACUCAUCCACAGCUGCCAGGGAAAAUUAAAGUGUAGAGGAGCUAAGAGUCUGGAAAAUGGACAUGAGAUUCUCCACUACCACUCAUGUGCCUCCUCCAUCCUGACCAUUCAGAGCCAGCCCAGGAACAGACACUGCAAAUGUGAUGACAUCAGUGCUGAAUGGAAUUAAGAGUCUUCUACUCUCAGAAAAAGUAGAGCCAGAGAAUAAUUGGGGAAGAUCACUGGAAAGAAUGUUGCUGCAUUUUUUCUCCUGAACUUCUUCCUCUAGCCCUGCCAUUUCAGGACCAUGGGUAUUCAUUCCUUCUGGGGAAGAAAAAUGUACCUUAGAAGAAGAGAUUAUUCCUGAGUUUCUGGUAGAAAAUUGAAUUUCUCUUAAUAUCUCUAGUGAGAUGAUAGUUUCAAAAGGCAUGUGGUUCACUCUGAGAGCUGUGUACUUAACAGGGGGAAAAUAUCAAUGCUCUCAAAGUUUUCUUUUUUUCCUAGCAGGCUAGGAAGGAUGCAGAAUACAAGGGAAAAAAGAGUGUCAGAGAGAGGGAAGACACAAAAGUCCUUCCUGGGCCAAGGGAGAACUUACAAGGAACCACAGAGACAGAUUCAGGAUUUAAAUGCCACUCUAUAGGGUGUGCUCCUUUCCUCCUUCCCCAGAUAGAAAUGAGCUGGGGAAGAGGUAUCUGGGGAGUGAAAGAAGGAAAAGUGAAACUGGGAAGCCCAGAGCAUAGGAUUUUGUACCCAAUUUCCUGUUUGUACCUCAAUGAAAAGUUUACUGCAUGUCUUAUUAACAAUAGGAGCAAUCUCUGGAGAGUAAGAGUGGUGCCUGGCACAUUUAGACAUCAAGCACUUCUGGGAAAGUGUCUGGAUUUGGAAACAGUAAAACGGUGACAUUCAAGUGCUUAGUGGACAUAUUUUCAGGAAUCUGUGCUACAUCACACAUUUUUCAAAUGACUGAGAAAUUCACAUUAGAUAUAAAUUUCUGUGCAACUCUACAAGGGGAGAGAGAGAAAGAGAGAGAUUGUACUAUAUUAUAGGCAAAUAUUAUGUUAUAUUUCAAAUUUCCAGGAAUAAGAUGGUGGGAUGCCCUGCAGAGGAAAAUCAUUUCUUCCCAAACUGUACAUGAAAAUACCCAAAGGGGGCUAUAACAAUGCAUUUCCAUUGAACUAUAUAAAACUUAAGCUCAAAACAAAUAUCGAGUUUAAAAUCUCAGUCCCAUCCUUAGCCCUCUGUCUUAGUUGCUGGAGUACUCAUAAUGCUUUCUUGGCUUUUCACAAGGGGCUCUUUCUAAGCCUGAGGAAGAUGUCUAACCAUAAUUGUUUAAAGUAAAACAAAUGACUCACAUAUGUUGGUAAAGUUUUUGAGAUUGCUUUGACAAAGUCACACCUUUUAACUUUCUAGUCAACCAAUACUAUAUAAAUAAGGAUUCAAGGACAAAAAUCAACAUACCAUUACAGCUAAUAGCCCUAAUAUUCUGGACUUCUUCUCUUGGAAAAAAUUAAUUUUUAAAAAUGCAUUGAAAAAUAAUUCAAUCAAUAUACAAGGACAUAAAAAGUAGAAGCUCCUCACACAUUAGUACAAAUAUUAUCCAAACACAGUCACUGGUAACUUUCUACAAGUCUACACAGAUAAAUGGGGGGUGGGCAGAGCACACAAACACAAGAUGUUUACUUGUAUACAAAUAAAUGAUUUAGUUUUUUUCUUCACAAACCAAAUGAGCCAGUACCAUAUUUAUUAUUUUGUAUUUACAGAUUUUGCAAAGCAAUAAUCCCAAAAUGUUUGCCCAGGUUCAUAGGUAUAGAUCAACAAACAUCCUUUUCAAUAGCUUCAUCAUAACAUAAUCUAGCUAUAAUAUCAUAAAGUAGCUAUUUUUCUUAUUGAUGAGUAUUUCUAAACCUUUCCUAUCCAACUAUUACAGCAAACAUUGUUAUAUGACUAUUUCCUCAAACUUAUAAGUAUUUGUUGGGUCUACUUUUAGUCACAUGUAAGUAAUAAUCUCAUUCCAUAUGAGAAAAGAUACAUGACCAGUUUACCCCUGGUAGCACAGUUCCUCUAGUGUUGAGUCUGAAUGCAGUGUUCCUUUUGGUGUUUGUCCAAAGUUUUGCUUUGGUAGUUUAUCUUUUAAUCAUAAUAAGGAUCAGCAUUUUCAAAGAAUCCUAGAGUGUUCAGUGAGAAGGAACUCUGGUAGAUUUGUAAUUGAGAGCUGGAGAACAGACCUCCAAGGCAACACAGCUACUCAGCAGUCAAUGCGAGAAUAGAAAUAUGCUUCCUAAUUCCAGACCACUUUCACUGGAUCAUACUCCACCUGCUUGCUGGAGGAGACACCCAUGCUUAGAAACCUUCUUAUGAAAGCAGCAACUGGAACUGUAAGAGCUCCUGAUGUGGAGCUUCCCCAGGGGAUCCCUUCUCGCCACAGGAAAUCUUAAGCAGUUUCUUUCCUUCACUUAAUUCAUCACAAGACACUGAUAGGGUCUGCUGGCUGGAUAUAGAAAAGCAAAAUGUGUGCCUUGUUCUUAAAAUACUUCAUUUGAAACAGGAACAAUGAGGUUAGUAAAUUUUUCAAAGGAUUUCUUUUGCCCCAAUUCUUUGAGGACAAUCAAGGAAACAGAAAAAAAGAUCAAUGGACCACUUUGGAGGUUCAAAGCAGUCAAAAAUAACAUCUCACUAGAUGAGUCAGAAAAGUCUUCAUGGAGUGUAUUACCUGUGACCUUUAAAGAUCAAUAGGGGAGAGGAUUAAAAAUGUGAUCCUUUUCUCUCUCCCCUAUGAAGUCACUUUCUAAAUAUAAACAUUUUCAUUUUCAUUUGCAUACACACACACACAAAGAAGUAAAAUACAAUUCUAAGAAAGUCUUAUGUAGAUGUAGAAAAAAUGUUGAGUAAAAAUUACAUAUAUUCAAAAUGAAAGAGCUUAAGGAAUUUUCAGUCCUAUUCAGUACAAAUUGAAGAACAGAAAAGUUUGUUCAAAAACUUACCAUCCCACAUGCACUCCUCUGGCAUCUGUAGGAUGAAGACAAACCAGCGCUCAGAGGCAAGCAGAAUUGCAAUGAUCCAAUUUAGAGAGAUGAACUGAUUGAUGAAUUGACUUCUUCUGCCUUAGGGCAGUGCGAUUUUUGAUAGUUUGCUUUAAAAUACACUUUAGGUAGAGACAAAAAUUCCAGUGCUGAACACUAAUUUCUUUCAAAUAGGUUUUUCUCUGUGUUAGAGAGAAAACAGCUUUAGUACUUCCCACCUCUUUCUGAAGAGAGAGGGAAAGACUCUGGAAAGAACUUGCCCUUGGCAAUCAAUCUUGCCAGGCUUGUAACUGGUCACUAAUUAGCCUUUAACACCAUAGUCCAUCUUGCAGGUCAGCAACACGGUCAUCAUCAUCCACGUUCCUGUGCCCCAGGUGGGUAGGCAUUUCCGUAGUGUGACAAUCUUCCUCUGCCCAUACAAUUCCUACUGCUGGACAGGUCUUCUCCUUUCUCCCUGUUCUCAAAAGUCAUAUAUUCAUCACUUAAAGCAACUCAAGUGUUCCUCUGAAGCUUUUGCAAUCAAGCCAGGCCUCGUACUUCAUGCUGACAUUGUCCCCCUCACAUAAUAUGCUCCAGUCACACUGAAAUGAUGAUGGAUCCUAGACUCUUUCCAACCUAAGGAUCCCUGUUCAUGUUAUUUCCUACUCUCAGAGCUCUUAUCCUUCCAUUCCUUGGUUGGCUAAUUCAUACUAUUCCUCUGAGUCCCCAUUUAAAUAUCAUGACUUCAGAGUCCUUCAAUGUGAUCCUCUCCUAACCAGCACCCACACUCACACGUUCACUCAAAAAACAUGGUCAUUUUUUUUGUCUCAUAUCUUAUAAAUGUUCUCAAUAAAAAGACUUCUAUAAGAAUGUUUUAUUCUAGAAACUUUCAAAACAUCUUUUUACAUUUUUUAAUGUUUAAUUUUUAAUUUUUUUAUUUUUACAGACUGCAUU